CCUCCAGCGCCCGGGGCACAGGGAAUGCAGUGGCCCGCGGUCCCUAGUGCCUCUCCGUGUCUGGGCUGGGACUCCUCGAUCGUCUGCUCCGCGGCCACGACGCUCCUGAGCCGAGCCGGCCGGGCCCCUCUCAUGGCGGCCAGGUGGUUCAAGGAACUCCCCCUGACCCUGAAGACCGCGUCCGAGCGGGCCAGGCCCGGGGGCGGGGGCGGCGGCAAACCCCGCAAGAACUCGGAGGCCGGCGGCGCGGGGCCCACCCCGGGGAAGGGCCGCAAGAACUCCGCGGCGGAGCUGGGGAGCGGCAGGGCCGGCGCAGGCCCCCCCAAAGACAGCCGGCUGUCCCGGGACAGCCUUCAGGGCCUGAUUCAGGCCGCUGCGGGCAAGGGUCGCAAGAACUCCCGGGCCACCGAGGAGGAGCCCCACCGGGGCGCGGCCAAGAGCUCGGGCUGCAGCACCUACAUCAACAGGCUCAUCAAGGUGGACACUCAGGAGAAGAACGGGAAAAGCAGCUACCCCAGCAGCAGCAGCAGCGGCAGCACCAGCUCCUCUUCCUCCGCGUCCUCCUCCCCUUCCUCCCUGGGCCCCGAGCUGGACAAGGGCAAGAUUGUGAAGCAGCAAGACACGGUCAUCAUUUUAGAAGACUACGCUGACCCUUAUGAUGCCAAACGGACAAAGGGUCAAAGAGAUGCAGAAAGAGUAGGAGAGAACGAUGGUUACAUGGAACCCUAUGAUGCGCAGCAAAUGAUAACAGAAAUUAGACGCCGCGGUUCCAAAGACCCCCUGGUGAAGGCCGUCCAGCUGCGGGACAGCCCCUGCGAGCCAGUGGAGAGCGGCCUAAAGUCCGAGGCGUUAGCCAAGAGACGGGGCUCCAAGGACCUCCCUGGGAGACCGCUGCCCCUGUAUGACACCCCGUAUGAGCCUGCAGAUGGGGCACCCAGGGCAGAGGGGAGGGCGUGGCCCCCUGAGGGCCGGCUGCCCGAAGAUGACGAGCGGCCAGCAGCAGAGUAUGAGUGGCCGUGGGAGUGGAAGAAGGAGCAGCUGGCACGUGCACUGGCAGUCCAGUUUGAAGGAUCUGAGCGACCUUCUGUCAGGGAGGAGACAGUGAGGCAGCACCACCGGCAGAAGAGCUGGACCCAGAAGAUCUUAAAGCCAUCGCUCUCUGACCACAGUGAUGGAGAGAAAGUGGACCCAGGCCUGCCCCUGGAGAAGCAGCCUUGGUAUCAUGGUGCCAUUACCCGUGCUGAGGCUGAGAGUCGACUACAACCCUGCAAAGAAGCUGGUUAUCUGGUUCGAAACAGUGAGUCAGGGAACAGUAGGUACUCCAUUGCACUAAAGACUAGUCAAGGAUGUGUCCACAUCAUAGUGGCUCAGACCAAGGACAACAAAUACACGCUGAAUCAGACAAGCGCUGUGUUUGACAGCAUCCCCGAAGUGGUACACUACUAUUCUAACGAGAAGUUGCCUUUCAAAGGGGCAGAGCACAUGACCUUACUCUACCCAGUGCAUAACAAGCUUCACUGAAGCUCAGCCAUCGAAAGUCCUGGGCCUCUGGCACCUAUGAGGGCAUCAGCACUCCCAACCCGCAAGCAUCUCAGCAGACGGGGCCCAGCUGCUCGUUAGUAACUAGCAGGAAGUGGGAGUCUUCAUUUCACAAGUCCCAGAGUCUUGAAUUUGUUCCAUGGCAUUUGGUUUCCUUGUUAAGUAGUUCUACAAUAGGAAGUCAUAAUUUACCUGUUUCCUCCACCUCUGGAGCAGGGCAUUCUAUUUAGGGGUUGACUCUCAGGAAAGGUAAGUCAAGAGUUCAGGGGCAAUAAAGUGCUCUGGAAGUGUGCUAGUUGGUACCUGGAAUACCUGGUCACGACACAAACCAACAAAAAUAUCACUUGACUUUUACAAAUGACUGUGUGGACCAGAAAUGUGUGUGAUGACGGGCUCCUUACUUUUGGGAAAUGGAUGAACAGUGGAAAAUAAGAAUGAUGGGCAACAAAGUUCUCCCUCGAGUGUUCUAAUUUAGCUCUGGAGUUUGCGAAAAUUUAUAACUUUAGAGUCUGGCCUAGGAAUUAUUUUGCUGGUCAGCCUUUCUAAGAAAGUUCAUGUUUUCUCAAUCUCUGUGGAUUUUUCAUCAUUUUCUAGCCAAUCAGCGAUACAAGCACAAAUAGGAAGAAUGAUGCCCCAGAUUUAAGAAUCACUGAUAUAAUUAAAUAUGGGCAUAAUUAUUAUAACUCUGAGUCACAAGAUAAAAUAUAGAGCAAAAAUUUCAUUUCUAAAUUUUUAAAUUCUCAGAUUUUCAAAGCUCAACAACUGUCAUCUUAUUGGAUAAUCGUAUAGAACUUCCAAUAUCUUUUGUUUCAUUCUUUGUGCAUUUUAGUUGGUAUGAAAUCAUUUUAAAUUUUGUCUCUGGGAUUUGCUUUGUAUUUUUAGUAAAUCCGAAAAAAAAACAAAAACAAAAACCGGUUGUAUGAAUGGAGUCUAAAGCCUGCAGACACUCUCUCAUUCCGUUCUGAGCAGACUGGCUUAUACUGUACAAAAGUGUUUUAAAGGACUUUGAGGUUCUCUCUAACUAUGAUUACUUAAAAUAUUAAAUUAAUAUUAAUAGUAUUAUCUUUGUGAUUUAUCACGAAUCUGUAUCACCAAUUUACUUACUGUGAAAAAAAAACAUAGGCAUGGCAUACUGUGAGAAGAAUGCUAUGGUGAGUGGCUCUGUAAUUAAAACUGAACAGAUGUUUCUGUAUUCAUGGAGUUUGUAAUUUGGUUCUUAGAAUUGGUCCAGAUGCAAAAGCACUCUUAUCAAUGAAAAGUUAACUUUUGUGGCUUCUUUUACAUACGUUAAGAAGUUAGCUUUUGUAGCUUCUUUUGAAUAAAAAAAAAAAAAAAUGCUGAUUUAGUUGAUUUUUAGGAAAGCAUAUUUUUCUAAUUUUUAGUUAUCAUUUGAGUACUAUAAUUUAGAAGUUAGUAAAUUUUUGCUUUUUUUUUUUUUUCAGUUAAGAUAAUCAGCCAGAGGGGUUCGUGAUCUUUGAUUUAAAAAAUUUGAGAGGAGGAAAAAAAAAUUGAGAGGAGCUUCUUCUCACUGGAGCUCAUUAAUUUCAUUAAUAGGGUGGCACCUGUGGCUCAGUGAGUAGGGUGCCGGCCCCAUAUACCAAGGGUGGCAGGUUCAAACCAGGCCCUGCCCAAACUGCAACAGAAAAAUAGCCAGGCGUUAUGGCAGGUGCCUCUAGUCCCAGCUACUCGGGAGGCUGAGGCAAGAGAAUCGCCUAAACCUAGGAGCUGGAGGUUGCUGUGAGCCGCAGCGCUCUACUGAGGGUGACAAAGUAAGACUCUGUCUCUAAAAAAAAAAUUUUUUUUAAAUAAUAAUUUCAUUAAUAAAGAAUGUUUGUUUUAUAAAUACUGAUAAAAAAUUUUAAUGUCUUUUGGUUCAUGUAUUUUAUCUUUAGUACAAUAUUUGUAAAAAUUUUUCAGCACUCGUAGUUCCAAUUCCAUUCAACAAAUAUUUAUUAUCUUCUAUAUACAAAUUAUUCGUUGUGUUAAACUUAUUUUUAUUACAACAUUCUAGAAAUGAAACCUUAUUUUUUACUUAGUCUACAAAGGAAAUACAGCAGUUAUUCUCAUUUUAAUAAAUGCUAAAAUCUUUACGAAGUUUUUCUUUGUGCACUAAAUGAUUUUGGGCUCAUACCUGGCAACUCUGAUGAGUGUAUAAUGAAACAAUAUUUUGGCAACAGGCCUGACACCAUGUUUGCUGAGCUUCUUUCGUGUGCCCAGUGCUGUGCUGUCCCCUACACUACUUGGCCAUGGCCACCAUGCUAUUUUCUUCACAGAAUUAAAAGUGGAGGAUAUUUGGAUUUAUAUAGAGUUCAGUUACUUUAUAAUUGUACCGGAGGUUAUAAGAAGAAGCAAUACAAUAAAUUAGGGGAAGGGGUUUAGCUACUGUUUUCUUCAGGUUGUGAAACAAGCUGAUAAAAGGCAGACAGUUCACAGCUGGGGAGUGGCACAAAGUACCAGACGUUCUAAGAACAAUUAGGCCUGGCAGGUGUCCCUAAAGGCUUCCCAGUUCAGCCUCCUGGGCCAGCUGAGCUGAAGCUCUAUGACGUGUUCUCUGGGCUCUGAAUGCUUGGACUUUUUGUCAUUUUAUCAUGUCUGGAUGAAAGUAUUUUCCUGUAGUCUUCAGUCCUUCCAGUUAAUUCUGUCUCUCAGUUAUUUUCUAGCACUAAAAGAGAGAAUAAUCUCUUUUAGUGAAUUUUGCCUUGAAUUUAGCCUAUCUAUAGAGUUGUGCCGGUGUUCUUUCUCCUUUAUAACUCCUCUGUCUUAAAAAAAUACUCUGCUUUGGGCGGUGCCUGUGGCUCAAAGGAGUAAGGCGCUGACCUCAUAUGCCAGAGGUGGUGGGUUCAAACCCAGCCCCGGCCAAAAACUGCAAAAAUAAAUAAAUAAAUAAAAA